CUCUUGAAGAUUAUAUUUUGCUGUCAUUUUAUUUAAAAUACCGUGUAUCAAUCUGUUUUUUCCAGAAUUCAUUUCCGUCUAGUCUAAAUUACAUAUUAAUGAUGCUUGGCUUUUAGAGAGAUGCGGCAACUUCGAUCGUGUAUGGAAAGUUGAAUUCAGAAAUCAGAACUAAACACGCGAGCGAGGAAUUGACAUUUCUGCUAGGGAGUUGCGGCAUCUUUUUCUAUAAACACAAUUGUCUCACUCCAAUUAGAUUCUUUAAUUAAAAGAAUAAAACUUUUGUUUGAUUAUACCGAAGAGGAUAUUAAAAUACUAUGUCAACAGAAAAAAUCAAUUCAUCAUAUGCUGAGCCACCACCUCCUUAUACAAGUUCUCCUCAACCUGGAUCAUAUCCUACACCUGGCCAUUAUGGUCAGAAUGUUGCUGCAUACAGGAACAUGUUUCAAGCUCCUGUUGGCCCACCUCCUCCUGGUGGUGUUCCUGUUUUUCCAAUGGCCCCUGGAUAUUAUCCUCCUUCUUCGCAGACUGUUGUUGUAAAUGCUCCUGCUAGUGCUCAAGCUGGAGUUCAAGCUGUUACAGUGGUAAGUGUCCAACAAUGUGGUCCUUAUCCAAUGCAAGUCACUUGUCCUCAUUGUUCAGCUCAUGUUAUGUCUGAAACUACUGCUUUACCAGGACUGUUGACUUGGCUGUUAGCUGGUGGUCUUCUGCUUUUAGGUUGCUGGGCUGGUUGCUGUUUAAUUCCAUGUUGUGCUCCUGAAUGUCAAGAUAUUGAGCAUCGUUGUCCAAACUGUAAACAGCAUUUAGGUACAUUUCGAAGAAUCAACAUAUGAAUGGGAUGAAAGUUUUGGAGAAGUGUGUGCGUGUGAAUUUUCAAAACUUGUUGCAAAAAUUUUGAUCAUAACUGCAAGCAAUACUGAGUGUGUUACAUGAAAAGAAUAUUUUUUACCUAUAUUUUAUUCUAGUGUUGUGGGAACAUUUAUACAUCUUGUAUAUAAAUAAUUUCUCUUGUCUUUAGAUUUAAAUGUGAUAUUCCAUAUUAUUCAUCAAUUAAUGUACUUUUUUAUAGUUUACAUAAGGUAAUAUUACUCUUCGAUGCUAUCUCUACAAAUAAAAUAAAAUAUCAAAUGAUUUCAUUACUCCAUAUAGCUAUAUAGCUACGUAGCAAAAUUUUCUUUUCCAUUGUUUUCUCCUUUUCCCUUUGUAUCUUUUGAAGGAGUUCGGUGAAUUCAGAAGUAGCUUUUCAUCCGUUUGAAAGAAAUGGGAUGAGUCAGAGCUUGCUUUUAAUAGUAUUUGUUUGGAGCCUCUGAUAAUUUUAAAUGGUUUGUGGUAAACAAGUCGGGAGCAUAGUUUUAAUUGUAGAAAUAGCUAUCACAGUAUCAAAUAAAAUUUCUUAUUUCCCUAAAAUUAAAAUUUCCUCAAUGAACUAAUGCAAACAUAUCGUUUAAGUAGUUGUGUAUGUGUUCUCAGUGUAUGUGUGUGUGUGUGAAAGGAAAAUAUCCUGCUGUUGAAAUCCAUUUCAUAAUUCCUUUUCUGAUAUGAAGGGAUUCUGCUUAAAAUUGUUGAAAAUGCCAUUAAUUGUUGAUAGCCAAGUUUUCAUACAUUUUAAUGCUUCUUUCUGAAUUAGUUUUGCAGGUUUAAAAGUUUUAGAAUUACAAUAUGAUAUUUAAGCAAAAUUUUAUGAAGCAUAAAUUACCAAAAAUAAAUUUCUUUAUAAUGUUAUUAUAUUUAGAAUAUUCAGAUUGGUUGUGAGAAUUUUAACUUUGCAGAUAAUUUGUUAAAUUUUAUUGUGUCAUAUAAUUUUUUUUUCCAUUAUCAGUUUCUGAAAUUGGCCAAUUUAAUGUUAGAAAUUUUGAACUCUCACAUUGUAGCAGUCUAGGAUUUCAUUCUUUGUUACAUUGAAAUUAAUCUGUUUUAUAAUUAGUCAAUUUAACAGCUACUUUUAUUGAAGUGUAUACAGAUCUUUAAGUAGCAAAGUCCUUCACCCCACUCUGUUCUUCAUACCUGGGAAUGACCUCUAAUAAUAAACAACCAUAUUCCAUGAUUUUAUUCAUCAUUCGUUGUAUAUUUCAUUUUGUAUCCUUCUGUGAUAUUUUUAAUUAUACUAUUGUUAUUUAUUGUUUUUAAGUUUUCUGUAUUAUAUUGUUUCUAUAAUUGAAUUUUUUACCACAUUAUUGUGACCAGUAUUAUUUAGAAAGAUUUUUUAAAUAACGAUUUAUACCCAAUUUUGUUAGUGACAUGAUCAGUUUUAUUAUGUCAUUAUUCUUGAUCAUGCAGAUGCCUGAAAACUCAGUUUUUUAGAUGUAUUAAAUGAUUGACGUGAAAAUAUCGAUUUCAUUUUGUGUCUGUGUUAAAUUAUCCACUUUAGUGGAUAGUUUUUCUAUUUCUAUAUUAGUAUUAAACAGUACUGGUUUAGACUGACCUUACUAUUUUUUGAAUGUAGAAACUAAAUAAACCUUUGCCAUUGUUAUUAAUACCUUGCCAAAAUGUGUUUAACUGUCAAAAUUGUUUAAAAAGUAUUUAUUAGUGACACUCAGAAUCGCACUCGGAUUUUUAACUAAAUGCUUUUGAUUUAUGUGAGGGCAAAGGUGGUAUGAUACCUGGCAUUAUCGAAAUUUGAAGCAUUAAAGGGUGAUUAAAGAUUAGUUUCGAACUGUGAAGUUUCGAUUUCUUUUGAAACAUUUUCUACAGAAUAUUCUUGUAAAUAUGUUUUGUGCCAUUUCUCAGUAUUUUAAUGGAUAUUAAUGAUAUUUAUAUGAUGAUGUUCGAAUAUUUUAUUCUUCUCAUGGCUUAAGGAGUAUUUUUUAAUGAAGUUAAAAUUAUGCAGUUUUUCUAGGUUUACUGAAAAGUUUAGAUAUGCCAGAAGUUAGAUAUUAUGUUAAUUCCUGCAAAUAAAUUCUGAUGUUUAAUUACAAUUUUUAAAAUUUAUUUAUAUUUCACUGACUCAAAUUUUACACCUGACUCUCUUUACUGUAUAGAAUUUUGGAAUAUUCAAACUUUGAAAAAAAAAAAAACAAACAAAAAUCCCUACUUAAAUUUUAGGGCUUACACCAGACAGUGAUCAAUUUCUUCUUAUUGUAAAAUGCAAUGUUGUAACUGUUUUAAUCAAUUAAGUGGAUAUGAGUUUUUUUAAUUUAUAAUUUUAUAAUGGCAAGAGAUGAAAGAAAUGCCAUUUUCGAUAUUAAUGAUUAUUUUUAUAGUUUUACGAUAGAAAUUUAUAAGAAUCAAAGUUUGUGAAGUCUGAAACAUUUGAAAGUAUUUUUUGUAUUUAGUUUCUGGAAAAAAGUUUUUGUAUGUGAGGGGAAUAUAUUUUAAUUUUUGGAUGGAUUUAUAUCUAUAUUUUAAAUAAUGCAUAUUCUUGUAAAUAAGUCUGUGAUAAAUAGGCGGUUGUCUAAUGUGAAUUGAUAUGUGUUCUUAUUUAUUGAGUUUCACAUAUAAUUUAUGUUUGUUUCUCAUAACAGUUUCUUUUUUUUUUAAUGUUGUGCGUAGUCUUAUUUAAUAUUUGCCCUGUGAUCAUUCUGUCCAUUAUUUUUGAUCAAUUAUUAUUUCUUGGUACUAAUUUUUACUAUUUUUCAUGUGCCAUUAUUUUCUAUUCCUCCUGUGUUUUUUAUUAUCAAUUUAAUUCAUUAAAAGAAAUGCUCUCAAUAAAAAUUAUUCCAUAUCAUAAAUAUGAUGCUGGAAGAAGGUUUUACCUUUGUUACUAGCUUUUCAAAAUUCAACAAUUUUUGAUCAUUUAAGGGGUCUUUAUUCCCAAAAAUUUAUCAGAAUGGCAAUAUUUUUUCAUUGGUUCAUAUGACAACAUGAAUUAUUCUAAUAUGCCUGUAAAAUCCUGGAGCUGUAUUUUUAUUUUCUAUUAAGUUGAAUAAUUUUUGAUGAAUGACAGGAGAAGAAACAAUGUUGCUACAGACACUUUUCCAAAUAUUCUUCCAGAAAGCAUGCUGAUGUAUAUUGAAUUUCAUGGCAGUUAUUAAAAUAUUUUAAGGUAUUUAUUUAAGCAAAUUUAUAAAUACAAAUCUUCAAUUUUGACAUUUUAUAUAGGAUUUUUUCCUCUUCAUAAAGUUUAAUUUAGUUUUUUCUUUUUUUAAUUUUACACCUGUACCGUGUGAGGAUUUUAAAAUAAUGAAAAUAAAAUUGUUAAUAUCUUUGUAUAUAUUUUGAAUUUAUGUUUGCAGCAGAAUUGCGCAUGGAAUAAGUUUUAUGGAGUGUAUCCAUUUUUUAAUAAUAGUUUGAAUUAAGAUUUAUGAAAUAUUCAUAUUUUGUUUAUUUUCCUUUUAAGCAUUAAUUUUCUUUUAUUCUUUUAUAGUUUCAGAUUCUUUCAAUUUUUUAUGGUAAGCAGUUUAAAAUAAAUUAAUCAUCAUUCUAUAAAAAUUACAGAUUAUUCUAUGAGUUUACCAUGCUAUUAGAGGAAUGAAAAUUUUAGAUUAUUUCUCCAUAUUGUAUUUUCGUUCAUGUGCUAUUUUUUGAAACCUUAAGUCAUUUUUUUACAAAUGAAAUAGGGAUGUAAAUUUUUAAAAGAAUGUUUUAAAAUACAUGUUUCAUGGAACUGUGUUUGAAAUUAGCCCUAAGAUCUGUAGCAAUUUUUAAAAAGAUUUCAAAGUCAAAUUUAAUGCAAUUUUGAGAAUUUUUUGUGUGUCUGAAAGUAAAAAAAGCAAUAAAAUAUUAAAUUACUACCACAGAAGAAAAGCCACUCCUAGUUUUAUGGAAUAUAUUAUAAGGUACAUGAAAAAAAGGAUUCUAAAAAAAUAUGCAUAUUCUCAGUUCUGAUGCAGAAACCAUCUGCGCUAUUGCGCAUGCAUCAGGAGGCAUUUAUUGCACCAAAAUAGGGAUAAAAUUAAACAUGAAGUAGGGUAUAUUUACAUUUAGCAAUAAAAUGAAAUAUUAAUUGUGAAAUUGGGAGGCGUAAAAACUGCGGAUGACUCUCAAAAUCGCCGAAAGAGGCCAAGUUUACUAUAAAAUACUUUAGAACAAUUUUAAUUUACAGUAAGGGACCGAAAUAUAGAAUUGGUAUAUUUCUGUACUUAAAAACUUUUAAUUCACUUUUUUAUAAAUAACCAUUUUUAUGCUAAAACACCUUUUAUAAAAAAAAUCUAUCAUUGAAUUUUUUUGAACUUUAUUUAAUAAUAUUAUAUGAAA